AUGAGAAGUGAACACGAUGCCAAGUCUUCCACUGUCACUAGCAGCAAUACAAAUCUUAGCAAUACAGAUGUUACUAGCAGCAGUACAGAUGUUACUAGCAGCAAUACAGAUGUUACUAGCAGCAAUACAGAUGUUACUAGCAGCAAUACAGAUGUUACUAGCAGCAAUACAGAUGUUAUUAGCAGCAAUAAAGAUGUUACUAGCAGCAAUACAGAUGUUACUAGCAGCAAUACAGAUGUUACUAGCAGCAAUACAGAUGUUACUAGCAGCAAUACAGAUGUUACUAGCAGCAAUAAAAGAUAUGUCUCCAACAACAAUACAGACGUCUCUGACAACAAUACAGAUGUCUCCAACAACAAUACAGAUGUCUCCAACAACAAUACAGAUGUCUCCAACAACAAUACAGAUGUCUCCAACAACAAUACAGAUGUCUCCAACAACAAUACAGAUGUCUCCAACAACAAUACAGAUGUCUCCAACAACAAUACAGAUGUCACCAACAACAAUACAGAUGUCACCAACAACAAUACAGAUGUCUCCAACAACAUGCAGAUAUGUCUCCAACAACAAUACAGAUGUCUCCAACAACAAUCAGAUGUCACCAACAACAAUACAGAUGUCUCCAACAACAAUGCAGAUGUCUCCAACAACAAACAGAUGUCACCAACAACAAUACAGAUGUCUCCAACAACAAUACAGAUGUCUCCAACAACAAUACAGAUGUCUCCAACAACAAUACAGAUGUCUCCAACAACAAUCAGAUGUCUCCAACAACAAUACAGAGGUCUCCAACAACAAUCAGAUGUCACCAACAACAAUACAGAUGUCUCCAACAACAAUGCAGAGGUCUCCAACAACAAUCAGAUGUCACCAACAAUAAUACAGAUGUCUCCAACAACAAUGCAGAUGUCUCCAACAACAAACAGAUGUCACCAACAACAAUACAGAUGUCUCCAACAACAAUACAGAUGUCUCCAACAACAAACAGAUGGCACCAACAACAAUACAGAUGUCUCCAACAACAAUACAGAUGUCUCCAACAACAAUACAGAUGUCUCCAACAACAAUACAGAUGUCUCCAAUAACAAUCAGAAGUCUCCAACAUCAAUUAGAUGUCUCCAACAACUAUAA